CUCCAAUGAAAAGGGCGACCGAUGUUUUAUUGUGGUCGACCGACAAUGACAACUUAAACUAAAAACGGUUGACCACUACAUUUUAAAGGUCGACCGUGAUAAGUCAUCAGGGUGCCCACAUUAGUGUAUCCGGUCGACCUCUAUUAGGAUUAGAUCGACCGAAAAGUGCAAGUUACGGUGACAUGCAGGUAAGCAUAGACGCACCCCAACUUCAUCCAUGCUCAAUUAUCUUCACAAAUUCCAAUCCAGACGAGAUAUACACUGCCACUUCCAGUAAAAGACUAUAGGAAAUAAGGUAUACUACUAUACUCUCACGAUCUACCUCUCAUAAAUCACACGUUCGAGAUAACUGAUCAUUCGAACAAUAAUAUUUUCAAAAUUUACUACUCGCUUCUAUUUUGUUCUUUAAACGAUCUACUACUCCCGAACAACCCACCAGCCAAACUUAUCCUCGAUCACAAUCUGAACUUCCCGAUGAAAUCUCAGCCGUCUUCAAACGUAUGUGACAAUGUUGGUAAAACACAUCGUCACGUCUUAAGUUCUGUGAUUGAGAAUCCAAAAUGAAUCUCAAGAAUAAAUGAAGACUAUGCAGAGGAUCCUCCACCACAUGCCUGCAGAAUAUGAGCAAAAUAAACUAUUCGUGGUUCUCUAUUAAAGAAGUAUCAUUCCUCAACUGAACAAUGUGCCAACAAACCCAAGGAGGAUCAAUGGAAUGGGAACAAACGGUUCACAUAGCCAUUAUCAAUUAAUGAACACGAUUGCUAGCUAGCUAAGCUUCUCUCCAAAUGCCGACCUAGCUAUCUGUCAUCUGUCCAAAAAGGCUUCAAAGAAAACAGCUGGUGCCGUCUUAUUGGGGCAUAUUUGGUUACAUGUAUUAUGUCUUUGCAAAAUAGACUAUGUCAAUGGCUUACCAAUUAUUAUUUAAUGUCGUUAUGUGUAUUUUGUAAACAUAAUCGUCACAACAAAGUGUAAAAAGGAUAUCUUUUGAGAAGUAUAUGUUGUCAUUUGUCAAGUACUUUCAUAUCUUUCCUGUAUUUCAGAAUUGAGAUUGACGCUAUGUCACUUUGAUGUAUUUGAUCAUGAAACGUGCAUGUACAAUUUAAUUCCCGUAUGGUCAAAAAAGUCAAAACUUAUACUGACCGACAAAUAUAUUGAUUUUUACAGGAAAAUAUCGUUAGUAGGUUUUCGCGGUAUUCAUUCUCAUUUAUGCUUCAGUACAUAAAAAAUGACGUUUGUCGCCAAUGGAUCGAUCAUCGAUCUAACACGUUACAAGCACAUCAACGUACAAGAAAAUUGAAGAAACCUUUGAUCAGACAUGUCGUUUUAACUUGCUCCUUAAUUAGAUUAGUGUAGACAUGUAUAUUAACAAAAAAUAAAAAUAAAACAUUAUACGAGAAAAAUGAUAUAUUUAGUGAACGGGAGGGCGGUAGCCAAACGGUUUACCAUCUUUCCGAGCCAUCUUUAGAUCUCAAGUUCGAUCCUCGGGUGCCGCCACUCUCCCACCAUCCGUGGGGGUUCAUGUUAGCUCGGAUUGUGCCGAGUACCUCUGGCAGAGCAGCAGCUAAGGUGAGAGAAGUGGCUUCGCCUCGUGAUUGCAGUUUGGUUAGACCCUCGUCGACCCAGCCUCACAAUAACCCCAUCUCCCAACUCUCAUGAUCGAGCUAUUCGAACGAAUAUCAUUAACACAAUUGGUGCUUGUCGAAGAAUUUCCUCAUAAAAAUGGUUAUAAUAUUUUUUUAAUUAUUAUAAUAAAGGUUUUAUUAUUCCCCCCUCUCUCUCUUAUAAUUUCACAUUGCGAUCCAUGAGGCUUCAUUUAAAACGAUUUGUCCAAAGGAAAGCUAGCUAGUAGCAUUUCUCCCUCCCCCCAACAAACCUUACACAAAAGAGUUUCCCUCUACUCCUCCGCAAACCACAACUCCCAAUUCCUUUCCUUGUCUUCUCCCUUCCUCCCCCAAUUUUCAUGUUUCACCACCAUCUCCUCCACCACACCUCACCAUAAACCAAAAACCCCCUCCUCUUAAUCAUCAUCACCGCCAUGAUCACUACUAAACCACCUCGAUCACCAUCAUUACCCUCACUAAUCACAACCCUAAUCAUCCUCACCACAUCAUGUUUCUCCCCAUUAGCACUCGCCGACGAAGCAGAAGUCCUCUUAACCUUCAAGAGAUCCCUCUCCAACCCCUCCGCCCUACAAACCUGGAACGCCACCGUUUCCCCGCCGUGCAACCGCGACUCCUCCGAUUGGGCCGGGCUCCGCUGCACGGCCGGGUCCGUCGAGAAGCUGAUCCUCGACAACAUGGGCCUGGUGGGCAUCAUCGACGUGGACUCACUCUCCCAGCUCCCAAAACUCAGGACGUUCAGCGCCAUGGGGAACAACUUCGACGGGCCCAUCCCGCCAUUCAGCAAGCUUUCCCUUAAGAACCUGUACCUCUCCGGGAACAAAUUCUCCGGCGAGAUCCCGGCCGAUGCGUUCAAAGGGAUGGCCUCGCUCAAGGAUCUCUACCUCGGGAGCAACCGGUUCGUGGGCCCGCUUCCUGGGUCGCUGGUUGGGCUCAACAAGCUUAGCGAGUUGGGCCUGGAAGGGAACCAGUUUAGUGGGAGUAUCCCCGACCUUCAACAGCCGUUGACGGCGUUUAACGUCUCCGGUAACGAUUUGGCCGGUCCCAUCCCUGGGAACCUGGCGGACAGAUUUAACCAGUCGUCUUUCUCCAGGAACAAAGAGCUGUGCGGGAAGCCGCUGCCGGCGGCGUGCAUAGCCGGGAAGAGGAAAUCGAAGACGAAAACCAUCUUGAUCAUCGCGGGGAUCAUCGCCGUGGUGGCGAUACUGGGGGCGAUCCUGGCCUGCACUUUCAUCCGGGGCCGGGGAUCCAGAAGAGAGGGACGAGCCCAAUUCAACGACACGAGGAACCUGAAGAAAUUCGGGGCCGCAGGCAAAAUGGGCCCAAAGAUGAAGGCCCAUAACGACCACCACCACCCGUACCAUUCGGCCCAACUGGAGCCCAUGGCGGCGACCGACGGCGGAGGGAGGAGAGGGGAGAGCGGGAAGCUCCGGUUCGUGAGGAGCGACAGGGAGACGUUCGACCUGCAGGAGCUCCUGAGGUCGUCGGCGGAGGUUCUCGGCAGCGGGAACUUUGGGUCUUCUUACAAGGCUGUUCUCACCGAAGGUCCUGCCAUGGUGGUGAAGAGGUUUAGGCACAUGAAUAACGUUGGGAAAGAGGAGUUUUACGAGCAUAUGAAGCGGCUGGGGAAUUUGUCGCACCCGAACUUGCUCCCCCUCGUGGCUUUCUAUUACAGGAAGGAAGAGAAGCUUCUGGUGUCUGAUUUCGUCGACAAUGGCAGCCUCGCUAGUCAUCUCCAUGGGAAGCGACGGCCAGGGGAACCAGGGCUGCCAUGGCCAACAAGGCUGAAGAUUAUCAAAGGAGUAGCGAAGGGAUUAGGGUAUCUGUACAAAGAGCUCUCCGAUUUGCCCCUGCCGCACGGCCACCUGAAAUCCUCCAACGUCCUCGUCGACCACACGUUUCAGCCGAUGCUUACCGACUACGCGUUAUCGCCGGUGGUGAAUCGAGACCAGGCGCAAGGGGUGAUGGUGGCGUACAAGUCGCCGGAGUUCAUACAGACGGAUCGGACGACGAGGAAGACGGACGUGUGGAGUCUUGGGAUCCUGAUCCUGGAGCUUUUGACGGGGAAGUUCCCGGCGAAUUACUUGCGGCAAGGGAAAGGGGCGGCGGCGAACGCGGACCUGGCUGCGUGGGUGAAUUCGGUGGUGAGGGAAGAGUGGACGGGGGAGGUGUUCGACAAGGACAUGAAAGGGACCAAGAACGGGGAAGGCGAGAUGCUGAAGCUGCUCAAGAUCGGGAUGUGCUGCUGCGAGUGGAACGUAGAGCGGCGGUGGGAUUUGAGAGAAGCUCUGUCCAAGAUUGAGGAGCUGAAAGAGAGGGAAGAAGGUGGUGAGAAUGAGGAUUAUUGUAGCUCCGAUGGUGAUCUCUACUCUUCCAGGGCCAUGACCGAGGAAGACUUCUCCUUCUCCGUCACCGCUUGAACUCAAUUCAUGCAUUGAUGGUGUUGUUACAAUACGAAUGAUCCUGUGUACAAGAGAGCUAAUAAUGCUGAUUACAGAAGCUGCUUCAGGCGGCAGGCAGAGGAUGCAGGUUCCUUUUUCCCUUUUUGUUCUUAGGAGGAUUUAAUUCACUAAAGUUUGUACUAUUUAGGUUUUUCGAUCAAAUUACUCAUGCAUGUAAUACUGGUUCUUGUUUCUGCUUUGCUUAUUGUUUAUUUAUUUUUAUUUUUUUGCCUCUUCCUCGUGCUUUGAGAAAUCUCUGUGUAAUUUUACUGGCUCGAUUCAUUUCCUUUCCUUAACGAACCUGAUGUGGAGGCCCUUGUUCUUGCUUCUCAUGGGUUCAUUUACCUACCUGUUGAUACUAGUAAUAAAGUACUGUAAUUUCUCAUUCUUUCAGAACUUGAAUUUGCUGGGUUCUUCAUCUUCUUAAAUGGGUUGCUUCCCAGUUACCAAGUUUGAUGAUGCGGUAUAUAACUUGUCUAUACUAUAGUAAUGAUCCAUCAUCAAAUGUAUGUGAUAUGCGGUAUCCUCAAGGAUGCGUAGACAUAGUUGUUGCAUAGAUUGGUUGGCUGGUCGAACUCUUAGAUACUCCACCAUGGAUUGUUCUAUGCAGGCGUGCAAAAGGAACAGGGAAGAAGAAAACAAUGAUGCUCCUAGAUGCUCAGUUUUGUUUGCAAUGAAUGGGUAAAGGUUAAAAUAUGCAUUGGCAUUUGGCAACUGGCUAAUGAACCAGAGAUGUUAUCAGCUUUCAGGUAAGUGUUUAUGGAUUAUGUUGAGGUGAGAAGUUCCAUUUAUCUUUGAGUGACAGAAAGAUGAAGUUUUUCUUUGAUGGGUACCUGUCAUCGUCAUCCGUCUCUGCAUAUUGAGAAAAGAGGCAUCUUUUUCAAUCGCUGAUAAUAAUGGGCAUAUUUGGGA